GUGAUUGUUUUGCAACAACGGCAUGAUAGUUGUGCUUGCACUGGAUCCUUCAUUGAAUUCCAUUUUUUGUCGUAGAACAUGGCCAGCGUCGACCUUGCUCGCGUCGGGAAGAACCUCCUGAAGAGCGCGGACACCGGAGAUAGUGUGGAGUUGCAGUCUUUGUGGCAGGACAGGUCGGUGGUCUUGUUCUUCCUGCGCCGCUUCGGCUGCCAGGUGUGCCGCUGGACGGCAGCGGAGAUUAGCAAGAUGGAGCCUGACCUGAGUGCCAACGGCGUGGCACUGGUGGGAAUUGGGCCCGAGGAGUUUGGCCUUGAGGAGUUCCAGAAGUUGGGAUUCUUUAAAGGAUCAAUUUACAUCGAUGAGCAAAAGAAAUGUUACAAAGAUUUGGGCUUUAAAAGGUACACAGCCUUGAGCGUGAUUCCCGCCGGGCUGGGGAAGAAAGUCCGAGAAGUAUCUUCAAAGGCCAACGCUGAUGGCAUCCAGGGCAACUUUUCUGGAGACCUUCUCCAAAGUGGAGGCAUGCUCAUCGUAGCUAAAGGAGGAGAAAAGACCUUACUGCACUUCAUCCAGGACUCCCCAGGAGACUACGUACCUUUGGAGGACAUUGCAAAAGCUUUGUCAAUUUCAUCCCACGCAAAAGAGGGCCAGAAGCCAGUGUGCAAUGAUGACGUUUGCACUCGAUGAGGACGUUGGCGAGCAAGUUUGAUUAAAAUCUCAUUCAGGCAGGUGAAAGAUGAAAUGUUUGAAUGUACACAAAUGAUUAUUUUGUCAAUCUUACCAAUGUUAAUAAAAUCAAGUCCAUACUUUCUGAUUCCAAAA